GAUCCAACCAAAAAAAAUGUUUGCUGUUGAGUUUUGCUUCCCUAAGCUUUAUUCUGAAAUAGAUGCCUCUAAGCAUAUCUCAAAAGUUAAGGAGAUAAUUAAUUCUCUUUAUGAAAAGUAUGUUGCUGAAGAAACUAAUAAAGGAGCGCUUCAUCCAUCUGAGUCUGAGAGUUUUGGUUCUUUAAGUGUUAAAAGAAAUCAACAAAGUUCUGUGUAUAGUUGGGAUGAUUUUGAUGACUAUUGUGCAAAAGUUGAAACUUCGGAGACUAAGAGAUCUGAAUUGGUAGAUUAUCUUGAAAAGGGUCAUCUUAAGAAGAAUGAGAUUCCUAAAAUAUUUUCGUGUUUAGAAUGGUGGAAGAUGAAUAGAAUGCAAUAUCCAAUAUUGUCAAAGAUGGCAGCUGAUAUUUUAGCUAUCCCAGUGAGUUCAGUGGCUUCAGAAGCAACAUUUAGUGCAGGGACGAGAGUUAUUGAUUCUUAUCGUUCAUCACUAUCUCCGGACACAGUGCAGGCUCUUCUAUGUGGGGGUGAUUGGCUUCGAAAGAUACAUGGACUGAAAAAAAAGACUAAAAAAGAGAAAACUUACUAGGAAAUUUUUCUUCCAGUAUCUACCUCUUAAAGUAAGUUAAAUUUUAGUUUUUUGUUUAACAUGUGUUUUUGGUUUGAUUAUUAUGGUAUUAUAGUUGAGCUUAAUAUCAAUCCAUAUUAUAGCCUCUCGGUACAUAAGAAGAAUUCAUUCUUCUAACCAAAUGAUUGGCCUUUUCUAUAAUA